GACUCAUCAAAAUAGGAAGCAGGAAGUGCUCCAUAUAAACACGUACUGUUAAGAAAUUGUCACACGACAGAGGCUGUAAGGAUGGCAGGCAGGCUCUCUCUCCCAGAGGUCGAUCUCUCCUGUCCCAUCUGCUGUGAAAUCUUCAAAGAGCCGGUGGUCCUUAAGUGCAGCCACAGCUUCUGUUCAUCUUGCCUGCAGCGGUACUGGACAUCUGGACGGAGCCGAGACUGCCCUCUGUGCAGGAACCAGACUACAGAUGAUCCUGUACCCAGCUUGACCCUGAAGAACCUGUGUGAGGCGUACAUCCAAGAGAGCGAAGGGAUGGGUGAGGAAACGGGAGGUGAGCUGUACUGCGAUCCAGGGGAGAUGUGUUCUCUCCAUGGGGAAAAGCUCAAACUCUUCUGUCUGCCAGACAAGGAGCCCAUCUGUGUUGUCUGUCACACCUCAAGGAGGCACAAACAGCACGAUUGCUGUCCUGUGAGUGAGGCUGUCGUGGAUGUGAAGGAGAAAUUGAAGUCAGCCCUCAACUCUCUGCAAGAAAAGAAGGAUGCAUUCGACAAAAUGAAGAAGAACUAUGAGGACACGGUGGAGUACAUUCAGGUCCAGACUCAGUUUGUGCAGAGGCGAACCCAUGAAGAGUUCGAAAAACUCCACACAUUCCUGCGAGCUGAAGAGGAGGCCAGGAUGGAGGCGCUGAGGAGUGAGGAGGAGCAGAAGAGUCGAGUGAUGAUGCAGAAAAUCGAAGAAAUUACUGGAGAGAUAACAUCCUUAUCUGAAUCAAUCCGACUUCUAGAGGAGGAUCUAGCUUUGGAGGGCAUAUCAGUCCUUCAAAAAUGCAAGAGGACUUUGGCAAGAGCAAAUUGCCCAAUUGAAGAUCCUGUCAUGCCCCCUGGAUCGCUCAUAGAUGUGGCCAAAUAUCUGGGCUCUCUGACGUUUCAUGUCUGGGAGAAGAUGCAUAAAAUCGUCAAAUACACUCCGGUGACUCUGGAUCCCAACACGGCCGCCCCGUGGCUCGUCCUGUCAGACGACCUCACCAGCGUCUGUGACAGCGAAGAGAAGAAGAAGCUGCCCGACAAUCCGGAGAGGUUUGACCCCGACACGGCAGUCCUGGGCCGUGAUGGCUUCACCUCAGGGAAACGCUCCUGGGACGUCAGCGUGGGAGAUAACACGGCGUGGGUCGUCGGCGUGGCAAAAGAGUCCGUCGUGAAAAAAGAGAAAGUGUCUUCAGUGCUCAAGAAUGGCUACCUUUGCGUGUACUUCUACCAUAAAAUGUACUUUGCCGGCACCUCUCCGCUGACGAGGCUCACCUUGAAGAGAAACCCGCAGAAGGUGAGGGUGCUGCUGGACUGUGACAAGGGUAGGGUGUCUUUCUACGACCCCCAAGACAACACGCAUAUCUACACUUUUAAGCACGCCAUCACUGAGAAAGUCUUCCCAUACUUCUGGGUGGGUUGUCAGCAGUGUCCUCUGAUUGUGGAUCCGCUGGAGGUUUCUGUCAAAGCUGUUGAGUAUUGUUGAAAAUCAUUCCAACUUCACAGCUACGUUUUCUUCAUCACAAAAAGGGGUCUUUAAAUUUCACAAUGAUCAAUGAGGGUGCUCACAAUGUGGAAUAACAUUACUGAUGUCAGUACAACUUCUUUAAACCUUUCAAAUUAAAUACAUAAUUUUUCAACUUCAUAGCACUUGAGAGCUAGAGUAAGUCUAAUUCCUGCACUUUUGAUUACUUGAAAAUGUAUUUUUAAUGUCUGAGUUGUUUGUGUGCUCAUAAUAAUCAUAAUGUAUGUUUGAAGAACAGUGCUGUAUAGCCUGAGAAUAUCAUACAAAAUACUGCUUUUGUUUAAUAUAUAAAAUAUUGUUAGAUUAUUCUAACAUGCAUGACAAAAGCUACAUGUUGGUAUGUUUUUAUGCACUUAUUUUGUUAAUAACACUAGAUUUAUGGCACAAAUAAUGCUUUGUGUACAAUUUUGGGUGAUAUUCUAGAGUGGUAAUUUAACAAAUAAAUGAUUUUCAGAUAUUAAAAUGUCCUCUCUGUCCCGUGUUGUUUAAGUGAUCUAAAUAAUGUGAAUAUUAGCUCCAGCAUAGGGUAAACUGAAGUUGUUGGUUUGCUCAUCAUUAAAACUCCAAGUUUAAAAAAAGUAAAAAAUAAAUAAAUAGGUAAAAUGUAUCAGUAUUUAAUGUGACUUUAUGUUUUCACAAGUGUUAAAAAUUAAACUGAAAACCUUAAACUAUGCGGGACUAUUUUGUGUAUUCUCGGAGAGAAAGG